UUCCUGCCAUUUUGUCAGCAGGGAUGAUGGACGACAGUAAAGGAAUAUACACCAGUGUUUGGAACUGAAAAUAAUCGCCAUGAUAUAGAGUGACCGUGAUUUUAAUAGGCUUCUCUGAACUGGGGGGUCGUGCUGACUGCUGACGGUCUCGACUCCGGGCUCCCUCCUGGAUGCAGUCUGACAGUCUGCAUUGAGUAAUACUGUACCCUUCUGAGUACCCGAACUAUUCCUUGGACAUGCAGUUCUUUAGUUCAAUUGAUUGAACAAUUCAUUUGUGCAUACCACCAGAGUUUUGACGCAGGUCUCUAAUUGGGCUUGCGGAAAACUCGUUUCCAUAACAAAGCUUCACAAAAUAUUAUGAAUUAUUUUCAAAACUUACACCACAAAGUUGACCAUGUUUACAAGUAUGAAUGAAACGACUCUGUGGGAGCGCAAAUCAUUUCCAAAUUAUGUAACACGUCGUUGAAAAAAAAUUCUUGGAAGGUUUUAUUUUGAAAAUUGUCCUUUUGUUUCGAAGGGCCUUAACCGGAUGUCUUUCUGUUUGUUGCUGCGGGCAACAAGGACGGCAGCGUGAUAGCUUGAUGGUGAAUUCGUACAGUUUGGGUAAAUAAAUAGUCGAGCUUGUGAUAAGCUAAAUACUAAUAACAUAUAUUCUGAUGCGAUUUGUGUGGAUUAAGCCGUGGAUUUCUUCAUAAAAUGUUGAAACCCGAUUUCAAACAAAACCGCACACAUAUAGGAAUACAAUAUAGACUAAACCGUGUUUUUCUCAUACCGAUUUAGUCAGAUUUGCUUCCGUUCUAGUGCAGCUUGCUGUGAUUGACCACCAUGAAAACAAAGUACAUUACAACAAGGUUAAUGAGCUUAACGUUGCUGAAGCUUGUCAUUUUAUGGCUAAUGCAUGAUAUUACAGACUGUACCAUGCUGAUGGUUGUGUCAUGAGGAAUCAGACGGAAGUCCAAGGUGAGCUGUGCACUUUACUUGACCACACAACCAUUUAAAUGAUUCAUAAUGCUGCUUGCUAUGUGCCUUUAAUUCAAACCUUGCACGGAGAUAUGCUUUGUUUUCUUGGUGUUGUAUUAAAAGUCAUGUUUUGUGUUUUGUUAUUUAAUGACUUGUGAAAGAGGGGCAGAUUAAAUAAGAUUAUUUUUCAUUCAAGAUUUGAGAUUAUGUUUGUAUACUGGUUUUGUUUGUCGAUGAUUGAAAUAUUGAAAUAAACUUACAAAUAAAAUAAAAUAACAAAUUGUCAUGGAUUGGAUAAAUCAGUGCAUUGUUAGUUAUUUAAAUCAAAGUAGGCUUUUUAAAGUAGCAUAGAAUUGCAGUCUAGGUGUUUUUAUGUUUUGAACAUUUGAGAUUUUGAUCUUGUGUUUCUCUCUCUCUCUCUCUCUCUCUCUCUUUCUCUUUCACAGUUUGUCCAUACCUAAUUUCUCCACUGUAGCACCAGUACAGAUCUAAGCCUAACAAAUUUAUUCCUUUAUUGAAACUGAACAUUUUCUCCAGGGAGAAACUGGAAGGUUAGCAUUGGUUGCCAUGCGUAUCAGUCUCUGUCAGGGCCUGUUAACUGGCGCCAUCGUCCUCAACCUCCUCAUCCUCUACUAUGUAUCCAGAGCACAACAGCAAAUGAUGGAAAAGAGGAAGGAACUUGGCAGGGGUACAAGGAGGGCUGCCCUACCAGCCUCUGGUCUAGGGGGAGGCCUUGGGGCUCUAGUUGGAGCUGGAGGUGAGCGUGGAGGGAUAGGAGUUGAGGGGCACAGUCGCAGCCCGCGUGUCACAGUUCUUCUUCGGGAGUUUGAACACUUUGAGAAUUAUGUUGGGGACGUGGCUAAUUCUUUCCUCCGCCAGAGACCUGAGAUUCCAUUUUUGGCUGUUGCCGACACAAAUCCGUACCCUCCCCUGGCACUUCCGGAGGGGGUGCGGCUCUUAGUGCUUUCCCCGAGCCCAGAGCAGCCGCCUCAAGCUCACAGGCCAGAGUUCCACGUUCAGACUGAGUUCGUGCUGUUGGUGCCUGAUGGGGCGGAGUUGGAGCAACCGCGGUCUAUAGAGAGGCUGAUCAGGGAACUCGAAGGUGAGGGUGGGGGACCUGUGAGGUUGGUUGCUGCACCUGUGCUCGCUCGAUCUGCCGUGCAAUGCCUCCACCUGCGGGUGAAUCUCAGAGAGUGGACAGCCACCUACUCCCCUGCUGCGUCUGGGAGCAGCGGAAGUGUGUGCACGGCUUUGCAAGGAGAUGCGAUCAUCCUCAUUCGCACUGAGGAUCUUUUUAACCUCUCGGUGCCUCUGGGGCGGCCCCUUUUCUCCUCGCUUUUCGUCCAAACUGCCCUGAGAGGCUGGAAGGUGAAGCUGCUGGAGAGCCCCUGUUUCUCUGCAAACCACCGUCCACUCUUCAGCUCCGCUCACAACCAGUGGAAGGCUGACACUCGGCUCAAGGAGGCAACUGGAAAGCUCAUGAGGAGCUUCGGUUUGAAGCGCCUCCUUCUGCCUGAUGGGAAGGAACAGUGGUAUGGCUGCAGUAAAGAGACAUCACGUUGCUUUGGCACAGUGCAAGAUGACACUCCAGACUACCUUUAUCUGGAUCGCUGGACGCCGCCCUGCUGCCUGCGAGGUCUGAGAGAAACUGCCAAGUAUGUCAUCAACAUCCUGGAGACCUCAGGUGUACGCUACUGGCUCGAGGGUGGGACUCUGCUUGGUGCUGUCCGCCAUCAGGACAUCAUCCCCUGGGAUUAUGAUGUAGAUUUAGGCAUCUACCUGGAGGAUAUACCCAACUGUGAUCACCUGAAAAGCCUGGACUCGGGCUCCCUCGUAGAUGCUAAUGGCUAUGUGUGGGAGCGUGCAGUGGAAGGAGAUUUCUACAGAGUCCAGUACAGCGAGGCCAACCACCUGCACGUUGAUCUGUGGCCGUUCUAUGCACGCAACGGCGUCAUGACCAAAGACACAUGGAUCGAGCACAAGCAAGACGUGGAGUUCCCGGAACACUUCCUGCAGCCGCUGGUGCCAAUGACGUUUGCCGGCGUCACUGCCUUCGCCCCCAACAACCACAGAGCCUUCUUGGAGCUCAAGUUUGGAGAGGGAGUUAUUGAGAACCCUCAGUAUCCUAACCCUAUGAAAAAAAGGCUGGACAGAAGCAAAUUAUGAGCCGCAUGAUAGAGACUCAGAAACUUUUAAACUUCAUACUGACUUUGUUUACCAAACAACACAGAUUUUUACCUGAACUUGUUUUUCUCUUUUUUUUCUGAGGAACUGCCUAAAAAAGUUGCGUAAAAUCUAAUGAGGUCUAAUAUAAUAAGAUUUAUAACUGAGAUGAUUCAUUUUACCAAAAUAUCUGUAUGCUAGUGCGUCUCCAUCAUGCAUCUAUAUCAAUCAAAGACUGGUUAAGGUACGAGUGUGCUCAAUCUGCAAGUGUUCUACAGAGGGGUAUAAUGACUUCUUUAAAUUAUAUAGACCUUCAAAUGAUUCUUGUUACAAGCUGCCGUGUACAUGACCUUAAGCAGGAUUUAAGGUUUUGUGCAAAAUUAUUUAAAAUGAUGUGGUUUCGCACAAAUGUCUUUGAAUGUUACAUUCAUUCUAUCAGUUUUUGCACAGUAUAUUAAUGAAUUCAUUAUUUGUACACUAAUUUGGUCCCUGGCAGCUGUAAUAAUGUGAGUAAUCUCCACAUGGGGAAAUGAGAAACACACUGUGGUACUCUUUGUUAUUGUUCGCAUAAGGACAGGCUGAAAUGUUGCUCUACUGCGCCUUAGUAUUCAGUUAGAAACAUAAAACUAUGACUGAAUGUGUAAAUUGAUAUUUACCCUCUGUGCAAUCACAUAUAUAUAUAUAUAUAUAUAACUACUGAGCGACCAUGAUGUAUUUAUUGGAAUAGAAUUUAAAUUAAGCACCAGCGCCUCUAGGUCCGACAUGUUUCCUGUAAUGUUCUUACUUGUGCGUGAUGUAUCAAGAUGUCACUCCAUCUCAUGAACUGGUUAAAUAAAGAAGUGGAUACAGA